GAUACGUAGUAUCUAAUGUAACCUCUGAUACGGGAAAACCCCACUUGAAUACUGAUAAUGAGUGUUUUUUGCGUUGUUGCUGGACAGUAGUUUGGCUAGGCCUAGGCUAGACCUGGUUGGACAUUUUGAGUAGACUUUUGAGAAUUGAAGUAAGGAUUCCAGGCUGUCAUCACAAUGUCAAAGACUUGCCCAGAGUGCUUAUCUGGUGACUUACAAGAUGAAAACAUUAAUGGACACAAUACUUUAAUUUGCACUGGAUGUGGAACAGUUAUUGAUGAAAAUGACUUAAGUGAAGAAAUCAAAGACUUUAACCCCAUAUUUGGGGUUAGUAACAAUAUGAUUGCACUUGCUCAUAAAAGGAAAGUAGGUUGUGCAGAUUACAGAUUUUCCAAAUCUAAGCUGAAAUGGGGAGAAGUUGUAAAAAAUCUGUGUAAACAGUUUAAGUUUAAUUAUGACAUGGAGAAACAGGCCUUAAAUUAUAUUUUUAAGGCAUGUGAUAUGGAGCAAUAUCAUGGAAGGCAUCGUGAAAUGAAGUAUGCGCUCUGUGCAGCUUGCGUUUAUUUAACUUGUCGCUGCUCCAACUGGCCCGUGACUCUUGAUUUCGUCGUUUAUAUUAGUAGUGUUUCUCGUGAUAAGCUGUCAUCAGCAUUUAAAGAACUAGUAAAGUCUUUUGGUAUGACGAUAGAAUUUAUGAGAUUAGAAGAUUUUAUUCCAAUCUGCCUUUGGGAACAUGGACUAGAAAAACUUCAAUUGGAAGAACAAGUGGCAAAAAUUCUCUGUUUAUCUGAAGAGGCAUGGUUGGCAACCGGACGAAAUCGCAAAUGGUUGGUCUUGGCGGCCACAUACAUAGCCUGGAAAGCAAUUCCGGAAAACUUCAACAAGAAGAAAAAGCACUUCUCACAAAUGGUUUCAAGAAAGUUCCAGCGCACUUGGUCAAAAAGAGUGAAAGAAAUUGAGGAAGUUCUUAUCAAACUUUCUUCUAAUAUUCCAUGGGUUCUUCCUGACACUUUAAUUCCUGAUCGAGUGGGUUGUUAUGUUAAUGACAUCAUGAAAUACAAGUUGACACUUUUCUCCCAGUUUGAAAUCAAGGAUGAUGAUGAUGACGCAAAGAAUGAGGAUGUAAUGUUGAAUAUGGAGGAUGAUCCAAAGAACGUCUCAGAUUCUCAGGAACUAACUGAGCAUGACCUUCCAGAGGACGAAAUGCAUCUUUACUUAAAAUCGAGUCAAGAAAUUGCUUCUGAGAAACUUCAUUUUGACUUUGAUAACCAUUCAGGAGAGCUAUUACCAAAUGAAAGGAAGAAGGGAGAAAAAAGAACAUUGCUGGAAAUGAGUCAUGAAUGUGAUAAUCUUGCAGUGGCAAAGAAAACAUGUUUGUAUUGAUGAUUAAACAUUUUCAGUUUUAAUUUUUAA